AAUUUACGCGCUCUUUUUAUCAAAGCCUUCAACCCAGCGGAGGCGCGGCGUCUUCUCCACGCAGCCACGUGGCACGCUUCCUGGCCGACCCGGCGUCAUUCGGCGUGCAAUUUCGUUCUGUACAGUUCUCUACGCGAAGGUGAGUGAAAACUGAACUUUCAGUCAUUAAAAAUAUUCCGGAACGUGCAGAAAAUGCAAACAAUCAUUUGCUUUAUUGGUGAAGUGUAUUUGUAAAUAAAGUCAGCCAGAAUUAAUUUCGUGAUUCUAAAGCAGUGCAGCAGACGAAACUAUUUAGUUAUAACUGCUUCUUUCUCUCAAGGCAUUAAAAAAUGGCUCGAAAAUACUUCAAGAAAACACCGAUCUUCGUCGUUGAGGAUCAUAACGAAGUUUUACCCUGCAUUUAUCGUUGUUUGGGUUCAAAGCAUCUUCCCUUCGAGGGCAACACAUUCAUUCAUUUGGACUCUCACCCAGACAUGCUUAUCCCGAAAGACAUGUCGGCUGAUACCGUAUGGGAUAAGCAGCAACUUUUCAGUCUACUCAGCAUCGAAAACUGGAUACUUCCUGCAGCUUACGCAGGACAUUUAAAGAACCUGGUCUGGAUUAAGCCACCAUGGGCGAAGCAGAUGGCAGACGGCAUGUCAACAUUUCUCAUUGGGAAACACAAGGAGUCUGGUCUAAUAAGAUUAACCUGUUCUGAACCAUAUUUCGUGAGCGAGGCCCUCUACUGCUUUCCUGAAGAACUAGAAAAUACCCGAGAAGUUACCCUUCACGUGAUUACUAUGGGUUCCUUCAUCGAAGAUCCAAUGAACAAAGAUGAUUUUCCUGCAAUGGCAUCAUCUCUUCGGCAAUAUCUACCGGAAAAGGACACUCCAUUUAUCUUAGAUGUCGAUCUGGACUUCUUCAGUACCAAGAAUCCUUUCAAAACUCUUUAUGAAAAUGCGAAUCUCUAUGAAAAACUAGCUCCACUUUAUGAAUUCAAGAGGCCAGAUUGCGCUGAUCCGGAUAUUUUGAAGGAAGCCACAACUGCUCGAGAUGAACAAUUAUCAGAAUUGCAGGAGCUAUUUUCAUAUCUGGAGGAACAUAGGAAUUUGCAAGGUUACGAAAAAUCAAGAACGGCGAGAUAUGAAGCUGUGGAAUUGAUUUAUCAUGAGAUAAUGAGAUGUUAUAAAGAUUCGGAGAUUAAUUGGACCUUGGUUCAUGAUGCUGGUUGCACCAUUGAUGACACUGAUCUUCCACAUCACGUGACCAGUCAACAGGACCUUGAUAGACUUAUCACUGGUACUUUUCGGUCUUUUUUGGCUGUUUUGCCCGCUCCUCCUACGAUUGUCACAGUUGCAAGAUCAAGUUACGAUGAAUAUUGUCCUCCAGAAGAUGUUGAUCAGAUUCAAGUCGGCGUGCUUGACGAAUUAAAACAGAGACUUUCAGCUGAAGUGGAUACUAAACUACUUUAUUUAGAAGAAGACACUUAUUAGAUAUGUGAAACAAUUUGUAA